GCGAGUGAAAGAAACGGCCCGGGAUACGGAAAGGAGGGACGCGAUGAGAACAUAAAUGUUUACAUUCGUCAAGGCAAGUUCUACGCCGCGAUGAUGGACGAAGAGGUGGCGAUUGUCGGCCUGUGGUGCCGCUUCCCGUCGGCUGAGGGUCCGGACGAGUUUUGGCGGGUGCUGGAGAACGGAGAAGACUGUAUGCGAGAGAUCCCACCCGAGCGCUGGAACCAGGAGGCCUGGUACAACCCCGAUAGAAACACCCCUGGCAAGUCGUUCGUGGAACGCGCCGGCUUCGUAGAUGAUUUCAAAGACUUCGACAACCGCUUAUUCAAUAUAAGCGACCUUGAAGCAUCUCGGAUGGACCCUCAGCAACGCUGGAUGCUAGAGUGCUCGUAUAAGGCCUUAGAGAAUGCUGGCAUCCCCCUGAAGAAUGUGUACAACACCGACACCGGCGUUUUCGUUGGUGUCAUGAACUACGACUACUACUGGAAUUCCACAUUGGACAUGGCAGACGUAUCCAGCAACACAGCGACGGGGGUUUCCAUUCCUGUUGUUGCCAACCGGGUGUCGUACGCCUUCAACCUGACCGGUCCCUCCAUGACCGUCGAUACGGCCUGCUCCUCAGGAAUGACUGCCCUACACCUCGGCUGUCAAGCUAUUCGUGCAGGUGACUGCACAAUGGCAAUAUGUGGAGGUGUCAACUUCAUCCUGAAUCCUGGCAUGUUCGUACAACUGUGCCGUGCCGGUAUGGUGUGUCCUGACGGUCGCUGUAAGCCAUUCUCCGCUGCCGCUAACGGCUACGCGCGGGGAGAAGGCUGUGGUGUCGUCAUCAUCAAAAGUUUCAGAAAGGCGUUGGUGGACAAGGAUUACAUCUGGGCCACGAUCAAGACAGGAGUGAACCAGGACGGACGGUCUGCGAUUCCCAUGACUUCCCCAUCCCCGGCCCAACAGGAACAGCUGAUACGCCGACUGUACGAACAGCACAAUGUAGAUCCCCGCCAUAUCGACUACAUAGAAGCACAUGGUACAGGUACGCCAGUUGGAGAUCCAGUCGAGGCCAGGAGUCUUGGAAAAGCCAUCGGGCAAUCGCGGGACAGCUCAGAACCACCAGUUCUGAUUGGCUCAGUGAAGAGUAACUUUGGCCAUCUUGAGUCGGCAGCGGCAAUGGCGGGACUUAUCAAAGUCUUACUGAUGAUGAAGCACAAAAAGAUUGCGCCGACGCUACACUUCAACGAGCCCAAUCCAAACAUUGAUUUCGAAGGCCUAAAAAUCAAAGUUUGUACAGAGCCCAUUACCUGGUCCUCACGAAACAAAGAUAAGAUGAUGGCAUGUGUAAAUUCCUUUGGUUUCGGGGGCUCAAACGCGCACGCCAUACUUUUCUCUGAACCGUCUUCUGGGGCAACAGAAGAGCUGGGUAGGCAUGAAGAACCAAACAUCAUCGCUGUGUCUGCCAAUGGCAAGGAAUCUUUGCAAGCGUCUAUGAAAGAUCUGAUUUCUUUUCUUGAAAAGAAUCAAUGCACCGCUCUAAGCCAGUUGGCUUACACAUCCUCUGUGAAGCGCACGCAUCAUAACUACCGCCUUGCUUUUCCAGUCAUGUCUCUCGAGCAACUUAAUCUUGAGCUUCAGAAAGCACAGAAGAGUGUUUCUGGACUGAAAAAUAGUGCAGGUCCGAAGAACAUAGUUUUUGUCUUUUGUGGAAUGGGCACUUUAUGGGAGGGUAUGUGUAUUGAGUUAAUGGCGAAAGAGCCCCUUUUCAGUCGUAAGGUUAAAGAGGUUGAUGCAAUCUUCAAAACCAUUGCUGGCUGGUCUCUGGUCGACAAGCUUCGGAAUGUGAGGAACUUUGACGAUCCUGCUGUAGCACAGCCAAUAAUAUUUGUUUGCCAGGUUGCCCUGUUUCAUCUGUUGAUGACUUGGGGGAUUGUGCCUGACAAAAUUGUUGGCCACUCUGUUGGAGAGGUAGCAGCGGCUUGUUGUGCAGGCGCCCUUUCUUUACCAACUGCCGUUCGGGUCAUCUACCACAGGGGGCGUUUGCAGAGUGAGGUGACUGGCGGCAAAAUGCUGGUAGUCGGCAACUAUGAUGUCAGAAAGGUGAACGAUUGCUGCCAGAGAUUUACAGGCAAAGUUUCUAUUGCAGCAGAAAACAGUGGGACGUCAUGCACAGUGUCAGGUGAUGCAGAUGCUGUAGAUAGUCUGCAUCGGCUUUUAGAUAGAAUCAACACAGAAGAAGAAGAGGGAAGACUCUUCAUUCGAGAGCUCAACGUCAGGUCUGCGUAUCACAGCCAUCACAUGGACCCCAUCUGUAGCAAGCUGCGAGAAGCGCUCCAUGAUAUCAAGGCGGCGGAUCCCACAGUUCAAGUGCUGUCCACGGUUACUGGUGAUUUGGCUCCCAAAGAUUUUGCUUCUGAAGCAUACUGGGCAAAGAAUGUUAGAUGCCCAGUCAUGUUUAACUCAGCUAUGAAAAGGGCAAUUGACACAAAGGCCCGCAACAUUGUAGUGGAGAUAGGACCGAGGCCGGCACUUCGUGCUAAUAUCAAAGAGAUUGUAGGUGAGGCUGAAUUGACCCUGGUUGCCUCGUCAAGGCCAAAGCAAGAACACGCUUGCAUUCUUCAGUGUCUCUGUGACCUAUAUCAAGCUGGCCUAGAUCCUCAGUGGAAGGCGUUCUUUGAUGAGGAUGAAGUCUAUGCCCCCCUACCAGUACCUCGCUGUCAUCUGAACAGGCAGUCCUUAUGGUUUGAUCCAGAGGCCGGGAUCUCUCUGCGACAGGAGAAUGACAGCAAAGCAAGCUUAGUCCAGUCACACUUGAAAAGGCUGUCUAACAGUCCUCCGAGUUUUCGGUGCUCCAUCAGUAAUGCAACGCACCCCUAUGUAUAUGAUCAUAGAUUGCAGGAUAUGGUUGUUGUGCCUGGUGCCCAGUAUGUAGAUCUCGGUUUAGCUGCUUGCAUGGAGGUCAUGAAUCCCCGCCAGCCACCGUCCCACUGUAGGCUGCAAAUAGAGUUUCUGUCUCCAGCAACAAUAGGGCGACAUGGUGAUAAAACCGACCUAGUUGUGAACGUCCACCAUGACGAGACGUCACAAAAUGUUACAUUUGAAGAGAGAACCGAUAGGGCAGUGCAUGCAAGAGGGCAUGUUGAGUAUGACAGCCAGAGUCAGGAUGUACUUCAUAAUGUCAACCUCGUCGCCAUUCAAGAACGCUGUUCGUACAGACUACCAGAAGAAAUACUCUACGACGAAUUCAAGAAAGUAGGUUUCCACUACGGUCCAUCUCUAUGCCAACUCAAGGACUGCCGGUAUAGCGAAUCAUCCAUGCACCCAGAGGCACUGUCUAUUGUACACGUACCAGAGAUUGUAUCUCAUGACAUGCACAACUGCUGUAUCCACCCUGCGCUGCUUGACUACGUAUUGCAGUCUACUAUCUUGCUAAUGAUCGACGAUGCCGACCACAAAGAAACGUUGCUGCCAGCUUCAGUAGGAAGUGUUGUCUCUGUGAAGCCUCCUGAACUCAGAAUGUGGGUUUACCUUCGUCAGCUGUACAAAACAAAGGAUGCAUUGUGUUGCAAUGGAGCGUUGAUAGGCUCAGAUGGGCAAGUCAUUGUUGAGGCCCGAAACAUCGUUUGUAAAAUUCUAACAGACAAGAAAUCCGUACCAUUUUCUGACGUCACUUACACCAUGGACUGGUUUCCAUUUGAGUCCUGUUGUGAAGCACCAGAAGCGUCCAUGUCUCAGCUCAAGUGCCUUGUCCUCGCAGAUGACUGUGGCAUCCUGGAUAAAAUGGGGCAUCUCGUUAGUCCUGACUCUGUCUUAAUCUACCAGAGUGAGUUUACAAGACAAGAUUUUAGAGUGAACAGCAGUGUCUUGCCCUCCAUCAUACAGCAAAAGGACGAGUCCAUCGAGUUCGACCAGAUAGUUCAUGGCUGGGGCAUAACCCUGUUAGAGGAUUCCACAACCAAUGGGGCGGCAUUGGCGUCAGCUGUGGAAGUCUCCUGCGAGAGUCUGAGACAAUUGUUGAAGAUGUUGAUAGCAAUGGACAAGAGCAUUCCGGUAAAGGUCGUCACAAGAAAUGCUCAGCUGCCAAUGUGGGAUGGACUCACCGAAGCCCAACAAGUGAAUGUCAUCGAUUUGGUUGGACCGCCACUUUGGGGUCUCGUUCGUGCUGUGCUCCGCGAACGGGCAUACUUAAACUGUCAGCUUGCUGAGCUAGCAACUGGAACGGACGAUGAAAUCCUCACUCUCGUUCAGGAAAUGACAACACCUGAGAUGUCAGAGUUUACAGAAAUCAUGUUGGUGGGCAAUAAGAAAUACUACAUUGAAAUGGUACGAUCCAACGUUGAGAAGGUUUCCUCCGUGCACAGGGUCAACGUUGCAGAGGGCGGAAGAAGAAUAAAACUGCAAAUGUUGGAGACAAGCCAACCGCAGAGUGUUAGGGUUACAUAUGAUGAUGAUACCCCUUUGUUGGAUGUCGGCUACCAGGUACCCCAUGCUCAAAUCAAUGUAUCUGCAAUUCGCUUGCACGAAGAUUAUUUUGCGCCUGUGAUAAAGCCAACAGAAAGCAGAGAAGCGGUACCAUGGCUUGAGGACAGCAACUGUGCCCAAGACCUACAUGCCCUAGACUUUUACGGAACAGUGGUUGAUGUGACCGAGAAAUGUAAGAUUAAGGUUGGGGAUGUUGUUUUUGGUUGUUUUCCUGUUGUCGCCAGUUCAACUGUGUGUGUUCCUGUCUCUGUUUUGAAGAAAGCCUCUACUUUCCAUCAGCUGGAGAAUUUGCCUUGCCUGUCUUUGUUGGUGCUUGCUUGGGAAGUCUUGGCUUGUGUGAAGCCUAAACAACGUGUUGGUUAUGUUGGUGGAACGGUCUGCCCGACGUUUGGCUGUGCAUUGGAUGUCAUAGCCACCAAGUUGAAAGUGUCAGUGACAAAACGCCAAACCGCAUGCCCUGAUGAACAAUACCCUCUGGUUAUUGUUUGGGAAGUGGAAGCGUGUAAAAGCGCGAGGCAGCUGCAGGCUAUGGUUGAAUCAAAUGGACAACUUAUCAUCGUCAGUGGCAAAGCCGUACACCAAAUCUCUUCAUUGCAUGCACCAACUAUUUACAGGCCCGACAUUCAGCUUAAGAUGGUGAAUACUUGCCUCCUAUUUAGGGAGUCAAACCUCCUCAGGGUGAUGCCUUCUGUGCUCAAGUUGUUGACAUCGGCUGCAAAAAAACUGACAAGAAAUGAUCUUACUGCCCGAUUCAUUCCGUUGUCAGAGAUUUCCCAAUUGGGUAUGCCUGGGGAUUUGAAUUCGGAAAACCUCAAUAGGCACCCAGAGGACCACCUGACAGUAGUACAGUUUCAGUCCAAGACUGGUGUUUCCGUUUGUGUCGGCAGAAAGCAGCUCUUCCGUAAAGACUGCGCCUACCUUGUGGUCGGGGGACUCACUGGCCUUGGUAUGGUGACAGUAAACUUCUUGGCUGAAAAGGGAGCUGGAUAUAUUGCAAUUAUGUCCAGGAGUCCCCCCAACGAAGAAACCAAUGACAAGAUUUCGGAACUUGCCUCAACAAAGGACACCAACGUAGUUUGCCUGCAAGCUGAUGUUACCUGUUUAGACCAAGUUGAGGCUGCCAUCCAGAAACUGGAGUCGACAUUUCCAGAUGUUCCCCUAAAAGGGAUUUUCCACAGUGCAGUGGUUACAAGUGAUGGCAUUCUUAUCAACCAAGACCACAGCCACUUUCAAAGAGGAAUGGACGCCAAAGUAAUAGGAACAUGGAACCUGCACGUUGCAACUCAGCGUUUCCGACUUGACUACUUCGUCGCGUACUCAUCCAUCGCAGCGAUCAUUCCAAACGGCGGGCAAACAGGGUACGCGUCCGCUAACGCCUUCCUGGAUGGCUUCAUGUUCUACCGUAGACAGCAGGGACUCAGCGGCCAGACAAUCAACUGGGGAGCACUCAAGCUUGGCAUACUUGAGAGAAAUGAGGCAAUUGCAAAGAAGCUGGAGCAACAAGGGGUCCCAGCCAUGGAGCGUCAUGACAUUGUCAAGUACCUCGAGGAUUGCUUGAUGCUCAAUGAAACACAGCUCAUUGUAGCCCUGGUCAACUGGUCCCGAAUAAAGAGGGUUCAAGCAGGGAUGACAGAUUCACGACGAUUUCAUACGAUUUUUGAAAGCAUUAAUGGCAACGAACCGCAAGAGAAUACUGAAGGAUUUAGAAUCGACAUGCCUUCACUGUUGAAUCAAUCGAGUGAAGAACAGCUUUCUACCCUGGAAACAUUUGUCAAACAUAUGUUUGUACUGCUAUUAAAUGCAGAUGAAGAGACAGCAAAUGUCAGCUCAUCCAUCGUAGAUCUGGGAAUAGAUUCCCACACGGCUCUUAGUGCUCAACAGCUCAUCAAAGAGCACAUUUGCGUAGAUGUCCCAAUUAUCAUGUUUCUCAGCCAGGAGACCACUUUGGGCUCGUUAGCAGUGGCAAUUCAAGAAAAUCUAGUCCAGAACCAUUCCACCAAAGUCUGUGUGGAGAAUACCAGUGAAGCAGAACAUAGUAAUGAGGGACUGGGCAAGAACCCUCGCCUGACAUAUGAACAGAAUGAAUCAGAACCAGAAUCAGAAGAGCCUUUGAGUCAAGAAGAUGACGAAAUGGAAGUUUCAUCUGGGAUGAGUCAAUUGUCUCUUGCAAUGACAGAUGUUUUCUAUCAACAUGUGAAUAAUACGAUUCAUGAUCACGGUAUCUCUGCCUGUGUACACAAGCUAUUUGAGAAACAGGUAAUGGAUACACCGCAACGAGUGGCUCUCAUUUUCAAAGAUACAAAUGUGACCUACCAAGAGCUCAACAGGUCAGCGACAAGCAUAGCACGGGAACUGCUGAGGCUACCACAGCGGAAACAACAGAGACACGAUUAUGUUGGAGUCUAUCUGGAAAACACACCAGACUUAUUGGCGACACUAUUGGCCAUUUGGAAAGCAGGUAAAAUCGUUGUCCCUCUGAACAUGGCACAGCCUAAGGGAAAUAUGACACAUCUGAUUGAAAUGUGCAAUAUCCAGGUCAUCGUCACUGAUUUCUCUGCGCACACCUUGAUAUUCACAAAGCUUCCCAGAUACACAGGCCAUGUUAUCACUGUUCCGGUAGAGCACAAGUUGGAAGAUGAUGAUGAUACUGUUCUCCAAAGGGUCCUGCUGCCGGACGCCCCUGCAUUUUGUAUGCACGAGGCGGACAAUGGGCGACGAAUAGUCCAAGGUCUGCAUUCUGGCAUGUUGAAUCGCUUGACUUGGAUGUGGCACACAUUUCCAUUCAAAGAAGACGAUGUUUGCUGCUUGAAGACUCCCCUUAGGCAUCUCGAUGCUUUUUGGGAGAUUCUUGUCCCUCUCCUGAAAGGAGUUCCCGUUGUGAUUGUGACAGAGCACAUGCUGAAAACGCCGACAGAGUUUCUGCAGGUGUUGCGCGAACAGAAGGUCACACGACUUUCAGGUGUAUCCAGAGGCUUUUGGGAGAGGCUCGUUGCUGUGGUAGAAAGAGAACCCCCUGAAGCACAGGUGUGUGUUAGACAGCUGUUCAUGAACGCUGGGAAUAUAGACUUUUCUAUUGUACAUCAGGCAAGUGAAGCUCUUCACGCUGAAGAGGUGACAGUGAUGCUCAGCUGCACGGCUGUCUAUUCAGGAGUUGUAUAUUGCAGCCUCAAGCCAAAUUGUGUGGAAGCAGACCUGUCUUUUGUACCUGGAUACAAUACAGAAGUAUACGUAUUGAAUGAAGAACGACAACUGUGUGAGGUCAACCAGCCAGGUGAGCUGUGUUUGGCAGCACCUGGGCUCCCUUAUCACGAUGCCACUGUGAAAAGUAACAGGUUCACCUCUGCUGCUACCGAGAAAGUUGUGGCAACAGGAAUCAUGGCUGUGUUAACAGAACAUGCAGAGAUCCGUCUCCUUCAUAGCGCAACCUUGCGAGAGAGUCAACCACAGCAGACCAGACUGGCAAACGGCGUGAAAAGUCACCACAUUCAAGAAAUGAUGAAAGGAAAGAUCUUCAAGAAACGGACGACAAAGGCAAAGGCACACGAGCGCUACGUCCGGCUAGUGUUGCAGCAAAACGAUAUCCUGGAGGCGACCCUGAAAUGGGGACCGUCUGAGAACCAAAUAUCCUCUAAACUGAACGUCCGCAACAUCACCAACAUCUAUGCAGAGAGGUCCACGCUGGUCAUCUCCACAUGCCAAAGGACGUUCCUGUUCCAGACUGAGGAGGUAGAAGUCCUGCGCAUGUGGACAGAGGGGCUGCAGUACCUGAGAAAUCUUGUUUGAUAGUUUCAGGUCCAGAGAGACUGUCGCUGAGUAUAGCCUCUACCACGUGGGUUGCAAACUGACUCCUAUGGCCGGUCGACUCCCCUAGCAUACUAUUGUUGACUCUAUUCGUCCAAUUUCUUCUAUUUGACCAUAGAUCCGCG